CGCGAGAAGUGGGAUCGUCGCGCGCUCGGAGCAGCCGCGGCCGGAGAGAGAUGGCGGCUGGCGCCGCCGCCUGAGGCCGGAGCGGAGCGGCCCGGCCGCGGCUUUCCCGUUCCCUUUCCGUUUCUCCAGGCGAUCCCGGCGCUGCGGCUCGGCCGCCGGCCGCCCCUCCCCUCCCCGCAGCAUGAAGGCCGUGCCGGGAGGCGCUGAGGAGGCAGAGAAGCUGAAUAAGAUGAGCACUCUCUUAGAAAGACUUCAUGCAAAGUACAACCAGAACAGGCCUUGGACAGAAACCAUGAAGCUGGUCCGUCAAGUCAUGGAAAAGCGAGUUGUGAUGAACUCUGGGGGGCACCAACACCUGGUGAGCUGUUUGGAGACCUUGCAAAAAGCACUGAAAGUGUCUUCUCUGCCUGCCAUGACAGAUCGCUUGGAGUCCAUAGCCAGACAAAACGGCCUCGGAUCUCACCUCAGUGCAAAUGGCACUGAAUGUUACAUCACUUCAGACAUGUUCUAUGUGGAAGUCCAGUUAGAUCCUACAGGGCUGCUGUGUGAUGUCAAGGUGGCUCACCAUGGAGAAAACCCUGUGAGCUGUCCAGAACUGGUGCAACAUCUGAGGGAGAAAAAUUUUGAUGAAUUUUCUAAGCAUCUGAGGGGGCUUGUGAACCUGUAUAAGUUGCCAGGAGACAACAAACUCAAAACUAAAAUGUACUUGGCUCUUCAGUCCUUGGAGCUAGAUCUCUCCAAAAUGGCAGGGAUGUAUUGGCAAGCCACCAACGCAAACCCACUGGACAAGAUUCUCCAUGGCAGUGUUGGCUAUCUCACCCCGAGGAGCGGAGGUCUCCUUAUGAAUCUCAAGUAUUAUGUCUCGCCCUAUGAUUUAUUUGAAGAUGGCACUGGAGCCCCUGUUAUUUUGCAUGAGAGCAAUGUUCCUCGAUCUUUGGGGAUGAACGUGUCGGUGACAGUUGAGGGAACCAUGGCGAUGUACAAACUUCCCAUUGCGCCGCUGAUCAUGGGUUCUCAUCCAGUGGACAGCAAAGGAACUCCAUCUUUCUCAUCAAUCACCAGUGCCAACAGCGUGGAUUUACCAGCUUGCUUCUUCUUGAAAUUCCCACGUCCCAUUCCGGUGUCCCGAGCUUUCAUUCAGAAACUUCAGAGCUGCACAGGCAUUCCGUUGUUUGACACAGCACCAACGUUUGUACCCCUGUAUGAGCUGAUCACACAGUUUGAGUUAUCCAAGGAGGCCGAUCCCAUCCCUUUGAACCACAAUAUGCGCUUCUACGCAGCUCUUCCAGGACAGCAGCACUGUUACUUUCUGAACAAGGAUGCUCCUCUCCCAGAUGGAAGAAGCCUUCAAGGAACGUUGAUCAGCAAAAUCGCCUUCCAGCACCCCGGCCGGGUUCCUCUGAUCCUCAAUUUGAUCAGACACCAAGUGGCAUACAACACACUGAUUGGCAGCUGUGUCAAGCGAACAGUUUUAAAGGAAGAUUCUCCUGGGAUCCUGCAGUUUGAAGUUUGUCCUCUCUCAGACUCCUGUUUUAGUGUAUCUUUUCAGCAUCCUGUGAAUGACUCUCUGGUGUGUGUGGUAAUGGAUGUGCAAGACUCUACUCAUGUGAACUGUAAGCUAUACAAAGGGCUAUCUGAUGCUCUGAUCUGCACAGAUGAUUUCAUUGCCAAAGUUGUUCAAAGAUGUAUGUCCAUUCCUGUCACCAUGAGAGCAAUUCGUAGGAAAGCAGAAACGAUUCAAGCAGAUACGCCGGCCUUGUCCCUCAUUGCAGAGACAGUAGAAGAUAUGGUGAAGAAAAACCUUCCCCCAGCCAGCAGCCCAGGGUAUGGCAUGACCACAGGCAGCAACCCAAUGAGUGGUACCACCACCCCAACCAACACUUUUCCUGGGGGGCCCAUCACCACUUUGUUUAACAUGAGCAUAAGCAUGAAAGAGAGGCAUGACUCGGUGGGCCACGGGGAGGACUUCAGCAAGGUGUCUCAGAACCCAAUUCUCACUAGUUUGUUACAGAUCACAGGGAAUGUGGGGUCUGCCAUUGGCUCGAGUCCUACCCCUCCCCAUCACACACCACCACCGUUAUCCUCACCAGCAGGCAACACCAAGAACCACCCCAUGCUCAUGAACCUCCUUAAAGAGAAUCCUCCCCAGGAUUUCUCCACUCUGUAUGGGAGCAGCCCUCUUGAAAGGCAGAACUCUUCCUCUGGCUCUCCCAGAAUGGAAGUGGGCCCUGGGGGGAGUAAGCAAAAGAAAAAAAAAUCCCGCAUGCCUGCCGACAAGCCCAAGCAUCAGACUGAGGAUGAUUUCCAGAGGGAGCUUUUUUCAAUGGACGUUGACUCCCAGAAUCCCAUUUUUGAUGUCAACAUGACUGCAGACACCCUGGACACCCCUCAUAUUACUCCAGCACCCAGUCAGUGCAGCACUCCUCCUACUACAUACUCCCAGCCCAUACCUCACUCGCAGCCCAGUAUUCAGAGAAUGGUUCGACUUUCUAGUUCAGACAGCAUUGGAGCUGACGUUACUGAUAUCCUUUCGGACAUAGCAGAGGAGGCUUCCAAGCUGCCCGCCACUAACGAGGACUGUCCAGCCAUCGGUACUCCCGUGAGAGACUCCUCCAGUUCGGGGCAUUCACAAAGUGCCCUCUUUGACCCAGAUGUUUUUCAGACAAAUAAUAGCGAGAACCCCUACACGGAUCCAGCAGACCUGAUAGCAGAUGCUGCUGUGAGCCCCAACAGUGAUUCUUCAAACCAUUUUUUUCCAGAUGGGGUAGAUUUCAAUCCUGACUUGCUAAACAGUCAGAGCCAGAGUGGCUUUGCGGAGGAGUACUUUGACGAGAGCAGUCAGAGUGGGGACACGGAUGAUUUCAAGGGCUAUGCGUCUCAGGCUCUGAGUACUUUGGGAGUACAAGUGUUGGGGGGCGACGGGGGGGAUAAUAAAUUUAAGGGGAGCAACCCAUCUGAUACAGUAGAUUUUAGCAUCAUAGCAGCUGCAAGCAAAGCGCUGGGGUCCUCUGACAUCAUGGAGCAUCACAGCGGAGGUCAGAGCCCCUUACUGAACACAGGGGAUUUAGGGAAAGAAAAGUCUCAGAAACGGGUAAAAGAAGGCAAUGGUGCAGGAGGUAACAUGGCAGGUUCUGGAAUAGAUGGGAAGCCGGGGAAGCGCAGCCGGACGCCCUCCAGUGACGGCAAAAGUAAAGAGAAACUUCCAAAGCGGAAGAAGCAGGAGACGGAUGGGAAGUCUCCGUCCCACAGUUCGUCCAACAGGCCUUUCACACCGCCAGCAAGCACUGGUGGGUCCAAAUCUCCUGGGAGUUCAGGCAGAUCUCAGACUCCUCCCGGUGUUGCUACUCCUCCUAUUCCAAAAAUCACAAUCCAGAUCCCAAAAGGAACCGUGACUGUUGGCAAACCGUCUUCUCAUGGCCAGUAUACGAGUAGCGGCUCUGUCACCUCCUCCAGCAGCAAAAGCCAUCAUAGCCAUUCCUCCUCCUCUUCCUCUUCUUCCUCUUCUUCAACCUCAGGCAAAAUUAAAAGCAGUAAAUCAGAAGGGUCUUCUGGCUCAAAGAUGAGCAGCAGCCUCUACUCAAGCCAGGGUGGCUCCAGUUCAGGUCCGUCCAAGAGCUCAGUUCAGUCCGUGGGAAAACCCGGAUCCUCCCCCAUCACCAAACACGGCCUCAGCAGCGGCUCUGGAAGUACCAAGAUGAAGCCUCAAGGAAAGCCAUCAUCACUUAUGAACCCUUCCAUGAGUAAACCAAACAUCUCUCCAUCUCAUUCUAGACCCUCAGGAGGUUCUGACAAGCUCGCUUCUCCCAUGAAGCCUGUUCCAGGCACUCCCCCGUCAUCGAAAGCAAAGUCACCUAUCAGUUCAGGUUCUGGAGGCUCUCAUAUGUCUGGGACCGGGUCGAGCUCGAGUAUGAAAUCGUCUUCAGGAAUGGGAUCCUCUGGGUCUAUGUCACAGAAGCCGCCUCCGUCAUCAAAUUCUUCCACGGCAUCUUCAUCUUCCUUUUCAUCCAGUGGGUCUUCUAUGUCUUCAUCUCAAAACCAGCAUGGAAGUUCCAAAGGCAAGUCUCCUAGCAGAAAUAAGAAGCCAUCUCUGACUGCAGUCAUAGACAAACUGAAACAUGGGGUCGUCACUAGCGGGCCUGGUGGGGAUGACCCAAUGGAUGGACAAAUGGGGCCGAGUUCCAAUCCCUCGAGCCAUGCUAUGUCCUCCAAACACAACAUGUCUGGGGGCGAGUUCCAGGGCAAGCGAGAGAAGAGCGACAAAGAAAAAUCUAAAGUCUCUGUUUCUGGAGGAUCCGUUGACUCUUCCAAGAAGGCUUCAGAUUCCAAAAAUGUUGGAAGCACUGGAGUGGCCAAAAUCAUCAUCAGCAAGCACGAUGGUGGUUCUCCUAGUAUUAAAGCCAAAGUAACUUUGCAGAAACCUGGGGAAGGAGGCGGGGAUGGCUUGCGGCCUCAGAUGGCUUCUUCCAAAAGCUACGGAUCCCCUUUAAUCAGUGGAUCCACUCCAAAACACGAACGCUGCUCUCCCAGCCACAGUAAGUCACCAGCAUACACUCCCCAAAACAUAGACAGCGAGAGCGAGUCGGGCUCUUCCAUAGCAGAGAAGUCCUAUCAGAACAGCCCCAGCUCUGACGAUGGCAUCAGGCCGUUGCCUGAAUACAGCUCAGAAAAGCAUAAGAAGCACAAAAAAGAGAAGAAAAAAGUGAAAGACAAGGACCGGGACAGAGAUCGGGAUCGGGAUAAAGACAGAGACAAGAAGAAAUCUCACGGCAUGAAGCCGGAGAGCUGGUCGAAGUCCCCCAUCUCAGCCGACCAGCCCCUCUCCAUGGCCAGCAGCGCCAUCCUGUCGGCAGAGCGGCCGUCCCGGCCCAGCCCUGAGUUUCUGAUUGGGGAAGAAGAUGACGAUCUGAUGGAUGUGGCUCUAAUUGGCAAUUAAUCUUCUCAGUAUCUUUGGAAGAUGAGCUGCACGCGGGACCUGCAGGUUCUAGGGAUGGAAGGGAAGGAACUGCUGGCUGCAAACCUGGCACGCUGACCUUUAUGAGGUGUGCUAAGAGGAGAAAAGGUGUUUGCGAGGAUCUCCAAAGACUACACAGAAAAUGUGUGAGUGCCAGCAGCUCGUCCUGCGAGCCAGGUUCCUGGCUGUGGCCUUCAUCCUAUGGACACUUACACUCAUCCUUAAUUUAUAAGUAUUAAUAGGCCCAUCAGACUUAAUGGGCGUGAAGCUAAGUGUGUGUGUAAGUGCGGGAGCAGACCUCAAAGUGGUGCAGCAGAGGCAGGCUGUUCUGGGGGGAUCUGAGUUCCUCUGCCCCUCUUCCCACUCAAAGUUGCUUUUGCUUUUAGGAAGUUUUAAGCAAAUUAUUUUAGGGUACGUUUUCGGGCUGGGUUUUAUUCCUUUUAAAAGGGUGGUUGGCAGGAAAAGAAGAAGUGCUUUUUAAUUAUUUCUCUGGCAUUUCUUCACGCAGUGCCUGAACUUCAUCUUCCUCUGGUGUGCGCCGCAGGAUCAGGCUGUGUUCAGAUGGACAUCAGCGUUUUUAUUCCAGGUCAAAGCGAUGAAAGGUUGCUGUAUGAUUUGUCACCUCCCUUUCAAUUUUAGCUGUUUAUGUCCGUAGCUGAACGCACUGUGCUGCUCGUCUUCAUGCGAUCUUUGUUUUAAUGGCAUGACACAGAAUCCAGAGUAGCUUGGAUUUGGGUAGAGCCCAUGGAUUUGGAAAGCUCUGCACAGUGCAGCUUUGGUGAUGGUGAAAUUCUGGCGUGCGUUGGAACAAAUCUGAGUUUAUGAGGAGCUCCGCUGUCUUAAUUGCAGUUUUGUCUCCUCGUAAACCAAGCAAACAGAAUUUCCCCAGAACCCACUGAGCCGUGUUGGUAACGAGGGAGGCUGGGAGCCACGCGCAUCUCAGCCCUGCAGCCGCUUCCGAGCUGUGCUUUAUCUGCACCCAGUGCUUCCCUUCAUGUUGGUGGAACGGCGGCUGUGUGUUCAUGGCUAACAGGGGGUCUCAACCUCGGAUGCUGAAGCGCUCAAGGUUCUCUGGCAGUGCACACAUGCGCUCCCUCCUCUCUCUGGGAGGCGUUCGCCCAGCGCUGUGAGUCACUCACGCCUCGUGGUUGCAUUUACAUUGCUGGAAGAACAGACCCUAGCUGCUUCAUCUGGGUGAUGACUGCAGCAGGAGCAGCGGGUUCCCUAAAUGAUGGAUUUUCCCCUUUUGGCUGGAAUUAAGAGCGUGACUCAGGCAUCCUCUGUGGUCUUCUCUUCUGGUCCCUAAAGGAAAAGAGACACAGGAGAGGGUUUUAUUUUUAAAAGCAGUGAAAUCGAAUAUGCUGAAGAAGAAACCAAGUGUUACGUGAACGCAUCUUUUGAAUUCUGUGCUGGACAGAAUCGUGCUCCCAUUGCAUUUUGCCUGUGAUUCCUGGAGGCCAGGAUUCCACCCGUGGGAAUGAGAUCACGCUUCACCUUUGGGGAUGGCAUGUCAAGGAUCUGCAUUUCUCACAAACCACGGAGCUUUGCAGCUCUGCUGGCACCCUGACCCCAGCGAUGUUCCAGGCAAGCAGUUUCUUUUUCUGGCUCAUCCAAAGCCAUAGCGAGGCAGAUGCCUUUCAGUAGGGUGGCAAUUGCUCAGUUGAUUGUAGGGGUUUCCCACCUGUUCCUUCUGCCUUCAGCUUCAUUCCCAGGCUCCUGUAGGAUGCAGGAACCAAGAAUUUCUCCGCUCCCAAACUGGAGAGCUGUCCCUGGUAUUUUCCAACCACAGCUCCCCCCUCCCACCUUCCUGUGCUGAGAUAAAAA